AUGGCUGGGAAAAUGACUUUGUAUAAAUUGGUGGUGCUGGGCGAUGGCGGUGUUGGGAAAACUGCACUUACAAUUCAGCUAUGUCUCAAUCAUUUUGUUGAGACUUACGAUCCGACCAUAGAGGACUCAUAUCGCAAGCAAGUUGUGAUCGACUCCCAGUCUUGCAUGCUUGAAGUUCUGGACACCGCGGGCCAGGAAGAAUACACAGCCCUUCGGGAUCAAUGGAUAAGGGACGGUGAAGGCUUCAUACUUGUGUAUAGCAUCAUAUCCCGAGCUUCAUUCAACCGCAUCCGCAAAUUCCACAGUCAAAUACAGAGAGUCAAAGACGCUUCUAGCGCAAGCUCGCCUACUGCGCACAGCUCUUACCUCUCCUCGCCUCUGUCUGGAAAUGUGCCUUUUGGCAACCAGGCCACCGGGCCUGCGCCUGUCAUGCUGGUUGGGAAUAAAUCCGACAGAGUCACUGAGCGUGAGGUCUCUACACAAGAGGGUAGUGCUCUGGCCAAAGAAAUGGGCUGCCAAUUUGUUGAAGCCUCCGCAAAGAACUGCAUCAACGUUGAAAGAGCCUUUUACGAUGUCGUUAGGAGCCUCAGGAAUCAACGGCAAGACUCGUCUCUGGUCAGAAGCGGGACGAAUCACGGUAAAAUCGGAGGCCCAAGCAGCAUGUCAGAUACACGGGACGGCAAACGACGUGGCCCUCGAGACACGGUGAAGAAGUCUCCGAGAAGACCGUGCAAUAUCCUUUAA